AUGCCAAAUGACAUCACGGAUCUACCAGUACCCUUGGAGAACUUGGAUGACGUCCGGGUCACCGUCUUCCGUGAACCUGGUUGUGACUCGUCAUCCACCACUGACCACUUCAAGACCGAGAAUGUGUUCUCCAAGAACUCCAAAGAGAUGCCCAAGCGACUUCCUGCCAAAUGGAUUGGCUGCACGAUCUUCCAGAUCAAUGCCACCACACGAAAGGAACUGGGCAUGACAGCCACUAUGUCAUCGAGCUCAACUUCGUCCCUGUGUCCCAUUCGAAAGGCAGCUCAGCACGUAAAGACACAGCAGCUUCGCCACAUGAAGAAGGAGAAGAACAAGACUGAGGAUGGCACGACAGUUCCAUGUGGCCUCAUCGCCUUGCAAGUCGAUGACAUGCUAGGAGCUGGAGAUCGCAGUUGCCCGACAUAUGUUGCAGCUGAGCGCCGCCUGAAAGAAGUUUUUGAAUUUCGAAGCUGGCAAGAAGACAGUGAAACCAUGGAGUACUGCGGUGUUUUGCAUGACCGCAAGGACUUUUGUUGGACAUUGUCACAACGACACUUCAUCCAGAAGGUCAAACCGGUCACCAUCCACAGAGGCAGAUCUCCAGAAGAUCCCAUGACGGAAGCUGACCGAUCGCAACUCAGAGCUCUACUUGGCAGUUUGCAAUGGCCAUCUGUGCAGUCGCAACCUCAUUUGCAAGCAAGUUGCAGCCUCAUAAAUCAGCAACGCUCUGGAAAGUUGAAGGCCAUCAUGGAGGCCAAUGCUUUACUGAAGUUCGCAAAAGAACAUGUGGAUGUGUCGCUGAAGUACGAGCCAUUUCAAUCCAUCAACAGUCAAGCUGAUCUCAUGAAGCUUCGCCUGGUGAUCAUGUUCGAUGCAUCUCAUGCUGCCCGCGAAGACCACUCUUCGCAGGGAGGACACCUGGCAAUCCUUGUGCCGGAAGAAGCCUUCCAGCAGGAGACUCCAUACCAUGAGCCCUAUGAGAUGGAAGAGAUUGAGCAGCUUGAGAACCCCAACGAGAACCUCGACAGACCAUGGCCCAGCUCUUCGAACUUGAAGACUCCUAUGGCUAUGCUGGUCUACUUCACUCAGAUCAAGGCGGUCACGGCUGGGUUCUCGGGUGUCCACACGCCGCUGGAACCGGAAGAGAUCUGUCUUCCAAACGAUGACCCAACAGUUGAAGACUGGUCGAUACUGACCUACAUGUCCAUCUUUGUCCUCCUCACCAUCCUCAUUGUGAGCUACCUGUCCUACAAGUUUGGAAGAAUGGUUGAGAAAAGAAGACAGGUGAAAGAUUUGGAUGUGAAGCUGAGGGUGGCUCAUGGUCGCAACCAAAGGCACUUUGAUGCAGCCUUGGAUGAGCAGAACCUUGCUCUCGACCGCCGCAUGUCGCAGCUAGAGAAUGACUUGGUGAAGGCCGCUGAAGAGCACGCCACCACUCGCAGCAACCACAACGAGAUGAUGGCUCAAUGGCAAAUUGAACAACAAGAAGCUGAAGAGAUAGAUCAAGCCUUCCAACAAUGCCAAGCUCUCCUGUCGCGGUGCUUCCGCGAACUACAGGAUCACAUCGAUGAUGAAUGUCCCAUCGAGAUGGGAUGCUAUGUGGCACCAUUCGGCCACACAUGGCACACGACUCGAGAAUGUCAUGGUUUGAAGCAAGCUCACCGAGUCGACCACCGUCCAUGCUGCCACUUUUGCACACCAAACCCCCGUACACCCUUUCGGGUGAACAGCUUGAGCGGAACCACACUGUGGGAAGAUAUGCAAUCUUGGAGGCGGCAGUGGGGCGCACGCUCCUACGAAGAAUGGCUGGUGGACUAG